UAAAAUUUUAAUUGGAGAGAUUAAAAAAAAAAUAAACGUGACGAGAUGUCUUACAAAGAGAAACACGUCUUGACACUUUCCCCCAUAAUUCCCGAUUUGCCCAUCAUUCCAUAACGGUGCUUUGCUGCUGAAUAAUGAUCGAUCAUCAUCAUCAUCUCGUCUUUCUCCCUGACAAAAUCUCCGGCGAGAGAGGCCAAUUUUUUUGAAAAAUCCUGUUCAAUUUUUCGCAUGCAAUUUCAAUUAGUUUUCCCGAGAUUGUGGAUCCGUGGAGGAGGAGGAUAUGGAGAAUGGGGGAAACAGGUUGGAUCGGAAGAGGACGAUGACGAUGAACUGGGCUGGGUUGGGGGAUUUCGAAGACGACGACGAUAGGUUCUUCGAGACUCAUGACCGGCUCUCCUCCGCUCUUGCUUUCGACAUGGCCGGGUCGUCUUCCGACGAGGACGAGGAUUUCGACGACUGCCGAAUCUCGUUUUCCUCCGCCGUCUCUUCCUUGACCUCCGUUUCCAACGCCUCCAGGAAUUUCCGUACGCCGGCGAUGUCGCCUGAUUACGAUAUCUGGAUGGCAGCUCCGGGAUCGAUUUCCGAGCGCCGUCGUCGUCUCCUCCACGGGAUGGGUCUCGUCAGCAACAAGGAAAUGGUCGGCGCUGUGUCGAUUCGACGCGUUGUCUCUAACGCGGCAAUUGCUAGCAACGGCGAGGAUACGAAGAAGAAGAAGAAGAACGGCGAGGUGGAGGAUAAAAAUGACGCUAACGGCGAAUCGGAGCUUCACGACCACGAGCACGCUCCUCUAGUCCCGGUAAUGCUAGCUCGGUCGAGAUCGGAAUCGGACAUUGAGAGGUUUCUGAUAGAGAAACGGAGGAAAGAAGAGCUUCUCGGGAAAAUCUCGAAGCAGCGUCUCACCAGAACCUAUUCGACAAUCGGAGUUACACGGACCAGAAUCUGCCAGUACCAAACCCCAAUCAGACAAUCCCCGGCGGUUUAUCGAAACGGAAGGGCCUCACGCGGUGGCUCAGACGCAUUGACGUCGGUAACGUCGUCGAAAGCCAGGCUCGGUGCGUUUUUCUUGAUCAAGAAUCUUGACACAGGGAAGGAGUUUAUAGUGAAUGAGUAUGACGAAGACGGAAUGUGGAAUAGGCUUAGUGAUUUGCAGACGGGAAAGCAGCUAACUUUGGAGGAGUUCGAGAAAUGCGUUGGGUAUUCACCUGUGGUCAAGGAGCUUAUGCGUAGAGAGAAUGUGAACAGGAUUAACUACGAGCCCUUUGCGGAUCUUCGGAAACUCAAUUCGUAUCUCUCAAAGAGCGUGAGGCUGAGCAAGAGAAGAGGAGCUGCGUUGCUGAAGAACAUCAAAGGCGUGGCGCAUUCCAUGAGCUUGAGGGUUGCAGAUAAAGAUGUAAGCGAUGGAAGCGUGGAUAGUCCUAAGAAGGGGAAAGAUCAUAAACAUGGCAAAGCUAAUGAGUGGGUGAAAGUGAGGCCAACAGGGAAGUCUUACAAGGAACUGAGCGCUCUGCAUAUGUGUCAGGAGAUCCAAGCUCACGAAGGUGCGGUUUGGACUAUCAAGUUUAGUCCAGACGCUCAUUACCUUGCGAGCGGAGGACAGGAUCAAGUCAUUCAUGUGUGGGAGGUGCAGGAAUGUGAGCUAAUGUCUAUGAAUGAAGGGAGUCUCACUCCGAUUCAUCCAUCGCUUUGUGACUCUGUGGAAAGAUCAUUUGCUGGGAGUGAGAUAGCUGCGGUGGAAAAGAAGAAGAAAGGAAAAGGCUCGUCAGCAAGAAAAAGCAAUCACAUUCCUGAUUACGUCCAUGUCCCUGAAACUGUAUUCUCCUUCUCGGAGAAACCUGUUUGCUCUUUGAAAGGUCAUUUGGCUGAUAUUUUGGAUCUGUCAUGGUCUAAAUCUCAGCUUCUUCUUUCGUCCUCCAUGGAUAAAACAGUCAGGUUAUGGGAUCUAGAAACCAGAACAUGUCUCAAACUGUUUGCCCACAAUGACUAUGUGACAUGCAUUCAGUUUAACCCAGUGGAUGAAAACUAUUUCAUAAGUGGGUCGCUUGAUGCAAAGAUAAGGAUAUGGAGCAUACAAGAUCGACAGGUUGUGGAAUGGAGUGAUCUUCAUGAAAUGGUCACUGCUGCUUGCUACACUCCAGACGGUCAGGGAGCAUUCAUCGGCUCAAAUAAAGGAAUUUGCCGUGCUUACGAUACAGAAGACUGUAAGCUGAAUCAAACUAAUCAGAUUGAUGUUCAGACCCAUAAGAAAUCGCAAGCAAAAAGGAAGAUCACCAGUUUUCAGUUUUCUCCGGUGAAUCCAUCAGAAGUUCUUGUCACAUCCGCUGAUUCACGGAUUAGAAUUCUAGACGGUUCCGAAGUUAUUCACAAAUUCAAAGGCUUUAGAAACACGAGCAGCCAAAUAUCGGCUUCGUAUAGCCAAGACGGGAAAUACAUAAUCUGUGCGAGCGAAGACUCUCAUGUUUACCUGUGGAAAAGCGACAGUCACAGAACAACAUCCGAAACAGGCAGAAGAUCAACGAUCAUGACACAGUCACACGAACAUUUCCAAUGCAAAGACGUCUCAGCCGCUGUCCCAUGGCACGGUCAUGUCAGAGGCGAGCCACCACCGGUUCAGAUUCACUCUAGACGUCACUCGAAGCGGAUAUCCACUUCGAGCCAGCCUUCAUCCGCCAUAGGCUCACCAACAAGAGAAGAAGCCUCGGCGGCUGCACCAAACACCUCUAACCGCAAUAAGAAACCGGGUUUACCUCCUAUGCCUAAGAAAACCGCUACACACAGUCCGCAGAAACAACCGGAGGAAGAGGCUGGACCGGAGGUAGGAAGCAGCGAGUCGUUUGGGUCGAGCAUGAACGGCUCGGAGCAGCAUUCAUCGAGGUUUGGGGAAUCUCCGUCGAUAAACACGUCGUCGAGGUUAUCUUCUUGGUCGUGGUUCGACAGCGGAGGCCACGGUCCACAAACCAUACAGCCGACGGCUUGGGGGAUGGUGAUUGUGACGGCUUCGAUAACCGGUGAAAUCCGAUCUUAUCAGAAUUUUGGCUUGCCGAGAAGAAUCGGUCGCCAAACCACUCUGUUUUGAUGGAACCGAACCGAUGGUUUAUUGUCUUUGAUUCUUUUUGUUGUUGUUGCUUGUAGAGUACGUAAAGAAGCCUACUUACUGAAAAAACCGUCUCUAGUGUUGAGAAUCUCUCUCGACGUUUAAAUUAUUGAGUUGUAUUGUAUUGUAUCGACACAAAGAAAAUAUGUGUAGUUGUCCAAAUAGAAAUCAGAACAAUAUGAAAAUUAAAUACAUAUGAAAAAAUAAAAAAGAAAUCGAA